AUAUAAAUUUAUCCCAAGGACGACCCUUUCCCUCGUUCUGCGAUCACCAUUGUCGUCAUCUGACAAUCCUCAUCCGUUGAUAUUCUCAUGAACGGUGAAGAUAGUCAGAUACCAAACCGCUUCAAAAAGAAAAAUCUGUAACCCGCGAUCCACAUAACAAAAACUACUGUUAACCUGUUCGAUCAUCGAAUAAAAUUCUCCCCCCUCCUCUUCUCUCACAACUCCAACCAGUUAUUGAAGCGCGAUUCGGUUAAUUUACUUUUGGAAGAAAUCUAUUGAGGUCAUCAACGGCUGCUUAUAAACAUGCAGGCAUCGAGAGCGAGGUUAUUAAAGGAAUACAAGGAGGUUCAGCGAGAGAAAGUAGCUGAUCCGGAUAUUCAAUUAGUUUGUGAUGAUUCUAACAUUUUUAAAUGGACUGCUCUGAUCAAGGGACCGUCGGAGACUCCUUUUGAGGGUGGAGUUUUUCAGCUUGCGUUUUCUGUUCCUGAACAGUAUCCUUUGCAGCCUCCGCAAGUGCGGUUCUUGACGAAAAUAUUUCACCCAAAUGUGCAUUUUAAGACAGGAGAAAUAUGCCUUGAUAUAUUGAAGAAUGCCUGGAGCCCAGCUUGGACUCUUCAGUCUGUUUGUAGGGCUAUAAUUGCUUUGAUGGCCCACCCAGAACCUGAUAGCCCUCUAAACUGUGAUUCAGGCAAUCUUCUACGUUCUGGUGAUGUUAGAGGUUAUCAAUCCAUGGCAAGAAUGUAUACUAGACUUGCAGCCUCGCCAAAGAAAGGAUGAAUUCGUGCAAUUUGAUUUCUUAGUCAUAAGAACACAUUGUGAAAACAUCUUGUUAUCAUUGAAUGCGGAACAAGUUUGAUGAAUGCCACGGACCUUUUGAGCUGGUACCGUAUAUAA